AUGUCUACCUGUCUGUCGGUCUGUCUGUCGGUCGGUCGGUCUGUCUGUCUGUCUGUCUGUCUGUCUGUCUGUCUGUCUGUCCGUCUGUCUGUCUGUCUGUCGGUCGUUCCAGGUGCGACCACACACCAAGACUGCAUUCCCCCAGGAAACGAAUACGGUUGCCAGCGCCUACGCAUUGAUUUCUCCCAGGUCAACAAGAGCGCCAGCACGCUCGUCACUUGUUCCUUUGAUACACCGCCCGCCUUACGCCAUGGAAAAAACCUGACCUUCUUCUCCGUCAGCGCCAACAUGGCCAACGCGCUGCACCUGGUCGCUACCGACGUUCCCAACGAACUGCCCAUGGUCAAGUCAGCCGUGGCGCUGUCUUGGACCCACGAAGGUUGUACAGCUCAGGCUGACACCUUGCCGCUACCCGUCACCACGGCCUUCUUCGCCGACGCCAACCAGAGCCACGUCCUCCUGUACACCAUGAGCAGCACGCUGCAGCUACAACCCAUUCUCUUGCAUGGCCCCGACCGUACCCUCUUCCCUCGUGUCAUCACCUGCACCAUCAACCUUGUGCGGAUGAUGCUUCUCCCCGAUGGCGCCAUUGCCUACUACUGCGGUUUUAACAAGCUCCAGCUUCAUCUCAUGUACGACACGGCGCCCGACCAGACCUUGACCCUCCCGAAUGUGCAGGAGCAAUGCGGCGACCUUCUUCAGCUACGCACCAUGGACUCCAAACUUGUCCUCAUCUAUGACCGCUGCCUCCUUUCCGGCACCGUUGGCCCCAAUGUCACUUGGACCCAGGCUCACACCCAAGAAUCCUUUUUCUGCGGCUCCGCCACCUGCCAUUCCCUGCUCUCCCCCAACCUGCUAGCCGCCCGCUUUGGACCAGGCAACAUCACUGUUUGGGAGGUGGCAACUGCUCAACGCCUGAGCAUACCCCCAGAGUUGUCCAACCUGUCCGCACCCGUCGAUCCCGCCAGCUCUAGCGACAGUUCUCUCGUGUUGCUCGAAGCAGCCCGGGAUGCCUUUCUCCUGGUGCGCCCCGGUCCUGUCUCCACCACGUUCACAACCCCUCUACCCGUGGUACAGCCCGCCCGGGCGUCCAUCUCGUACAAUGGCACCGGUAACGCGGGCGCUCCCCAAAAGCGCAUCGCCCGCAGUCCGCGCGGAGGCCCGCCGCUUCCCACAUCCACCUCGGGCUCUUCCAGCGGGCUAUGGCUUCGCACGAGCUCCCGAGCAGCUUCAUUAUCCGACCUGGACUGGAUGGCCCGACUGCCAUCUAACCUGACCGAUCUUUUCUGGGGUCCAAGCUCUGGCCGCCUGUUUUCGGCCUCCACCCUUCUUGUGCUGCAAGAGGACAGCAACAUUACAACCAUCUUAACCUCUCCGCCCUCUGCUGGCCCCACCACCGUGUCCUCAAGCCCAGACCCCACGGCCACACCCACCGCUCGUGCGGAAAAGAAAAUCUGGGGCACCGUGCCUAUCAUAUUGGCAACCAUGUGCGCCCUUGCCCUCGUGGUUGCCGGCUUUGUGCUGCAUCGCAUGUGCAAGAAUGGCGGAUAUCUGGCUUCGCGCGAGAAAGCCUACGCCCCGCUCCCUACGGAUGACCCCACCAGCAAGCACGGUGCUCUAGUCCGUGGCGGAGGAGACGAACCCGCUCAUCAUGGACACUCGUAUUUUGGCACACAAAACACGCCCCUGCCCUCCACGUUCGGAGCCACCAUGGCCUCUCAUGCAGAUCUCGAUGGCGCGGCCACCUUGCCUCAGCAACAGUAUCCCCUACCCCAUUCGAUGCACUCUGGCCACCAAUACCUUCAGAACAAUCACGCCCAAUACCUGCAGCAACAGUACCAGUACCACCAGCACCUGCAAGCCCAGUACCAACUUCAACAACAACAACAUCAGCCGCUCACGCACCCAGAACAUCCAUCAAACCUGGCGCCAACACACGAGAGUAUCCAGGCGCACGCCGAGCCAGACCUGUUCUCGCAGCUUGCCAUCACACGUAGCCAUUCCCAUGCAGAGCUGGGUCCUGACCAUCACCACUUCUUGCAUCAGCACCUGUCCACGCACUCAAACUCGCAGGCCGCUUCCUUCAAAGCGCCCUCCCCUAACAUGCCCACGUCCUUUGACCCCAUGCUGGACGCGAUCCCUGCCCCUGCACCUCUUCGCGCAGCGCACGCGCAAGACUUGGCGCAGCCACUAAGCAUGUUUGAUCAAAGUGCCGAGAGCUUUCCACACUCCAUGCCACUCUCGCGCUCGCCAGCCAGCUCCACUCCGCUCACUUCGGAGGGCGGUCUUGCUGGCUACCAGGGCUAUGAAUGGGCUUUGAUGUGCUCCGGUCUGCAUUUGGUGCAUCUCCUGAAUGUUGCCUGUCCAGUGCUCCGUCAUAUUCACACGGGCAAGGACGAGCCAUGCGUUCAGUUGAUUCUUGAGCGCGCGCUGCCGUGCGUUCGUCACUUCAUGGACGAGAUGCCCGAUAUGGCCCAUGACAUCUUGUACUCCCAUGGCAAGCGAAGCAACUCGCUGCAGCUGGCCUUGCACAAGUUUGCUGACACAGACCUGGCGUUGUACCUGAUUCAAUGCUUGCUGAAAAAGAUCAACGACCGUCCCGUUGGCGAGCGCGCCAGUACUUCGCGCUCGCCCAACACUCCUCGAAGUGACGAGGAUGAUGGCGGCGACGAUGAGGAAGAAGAGAAGGGCAACCCUGGAACGACAGGGGCCGGGAAGAAACAGAGCUCGCAGAAGUCUGCAGCCGACAAGCGGUCUCAAGCUCGCAAUUUGUUGAAGCAAGCUACCGUUGACCUGCGAAACAACAACUUUGGCUCUCCAGCGCUGCUCGCCCUCUUGGGCACGGUCACAUCCACCGGAGAGCCUGCCAACUCGCAGCCUGCUGACGUCUGCAUGGUGCUGAGCACGCUGCUGGCGCGUCGCGGCACCAUGGCCAAAAUCCGAGCCACCGACGCAACCCUGCUGCUCAACGGUCUUUCACCUGAUAAGACCAAAGGCCCAUCACCAUCCCACGCAGGUACCGCGACUCAGCCUCGGCAAAGCAGCAAGACCCGGCCCAAGGCUCGCAGUGCGAGCCAAGGCACGACGACGUCAAAGCGAGCCAAGCAGCGAGACAAUCGCUAGGCAGAGUUGCACCAUGACGCGCUUGCCCUCGUGCAGCGUUGUUAAACCGCGUGCGCUGUUGAUCUGCACUCCUGGCCAAUCGGCUUUGACCGUAUUCUUCUUUUUCCAUGGCCGACCUAGCUGUAUUUUAAUCUUUUGCACUCCCUGCAAACUUUGGACUUUUGUGUUUUCUGUGGAUCACAAAUGUUGUUUCAAAAGAGCGUCGGCGUCACUAAUUUUUUUUUUUUUUUGGCUGGCCCGCGAUGCCGUUGGCCUGCUUGUUGCCAUUUACCCUUGUGCUGCGCUAUUUUCUGACGCGUAGGGUUGAACUUGCGCGUGUCUCGUGAAAAACCGUUGUGCGCCUGCAUUUUGAUUGACCUGUUUUUUGUUUUUUUUUGUUUUUUUUCCCGUCCGUUGAUCGGGCUCAUGUUAACAUGACAGGGUAUGAACCCAAGAUGGCCGGUCUGUGAGACUUGGCCGUGUUUGUAGUCGCGUUAUUUCGGUCGGCCUUGAUUGAUAAAGAGAGUUG